UUUCUCACAUCACAAGUCACAGCCACCCUGUAUCGACUGCAAGAAAACCCCAGGUUGAGAGAAAACCCCAAGCUAAACCCCCCACAAACAACCUGAUUUCACAAAGUAGACUCUGACAAUCCUCCUCUGCAAAUUCAAAAUACAAGAAUCUGAUGAUGGAGUUAAAGGAUUUCAAAGAAGCUUUGAAUUUCGCUUUCACAACAGAAUUCUGGAGGAUGGGUGUGUUCUGGACCAUCUCUCUCGUCCUUUCCUACUUGCAGUUGUUCACCACAACCCUUUUUUCCCGGACACCCAUUUCACACCCACGUUGUUCUCCUUCACCACCACCACCACCAGCAACCACCGCAACUUCAACUCCCACCUCCAGUCCUACCAGGAGGCCUGUCUGCAUUAUCACCGGCGCGACUUCUGGGUUAGGAGCUGCAGCUGCUUAUUUUCUUUCAAUGGAAGGUUUCUUUGUUGUUCUUGUUGGACGAUCCUCACAUCUGUUGUCAAAGGUUAUGGAAGAUAUUGAAAGACGAAAUAAAAAUGCCCAUCUCAAAUGCUUUCAGGUUGAUUUAUCAUCCUUUCAGUCAAUAUUGAAGUUCAAAAGCUCCUUUCAGCAGUGGCUUAUGGAUUCAGAUCUGCAUUCUUCAGUCCAACUCCUAAUAAACAACGCUGGGAUACUGGCAACAACAUUUAGACUCACUGCUGAAGGCUAUGAUCAGAUGAUGGGUACCAAUUACAUUGGUGCGUUUUCUCUUACCAAAGUUCUAUUACCACUUUUGGAAAACAGCCCCGUUCCUGCCCGGAUUGUUAAUGUCACAUCCUUUACACAUCGGAGUGUGUCUGAUAUACAGGUAGACAAGGAAACUGUUUCUGGAAAGUCUUUCUUGAAAUUCAAAAAAUAUCCAUGUGCUCAUAUCUAUGAGUAUUCUAAAUUGUGCCUACUACUAUUCUCGUAUGAGCUUCAUAGACAUUUUGGUGUGAUGGGAAAAUCUCAUCAGGUUUCUGUCAUUGCUGUUGAUCCUGGAGCAGUGAAAACUAACAUCAUGCGAGAAGUUCCGACAUGUAUAUCUUAUGUGGCACUUUUAGCCUUGAAACUUUUGGGUCUUCUGCAAUCGCCUGAAAAUGGAGUCCGCUCUAUUCUUGAUGCAGCUCUUGCCCCUCCAGAGAUAUCAGGAGUUUACUUUUUUGGAGGAAACGGUAGGACCGUCAAUUCUUCUGCACUUUCUUAUGACACCAAACUUGCGAAGGAACUUUGGGAUACAUCUUGUGAUCUAUUCCUAGAAUUGCAGCUGGCCUUCAAGGACACUUCCUUUUGAAUAUUUGUAUAUUGUAGGGCUUACCAAAAGAAAAGAAGAAGAAAAAGAACACAUAAUGUAGUGAUUAAUUGUCUUCGUAUAGUCCAGAAGUUGGUGAUGGAAGCUUGCUUGAAGCAAUUAGGUGUUUGAUCUGUUCCUUCCUUGUGAUAGGACUUGUUCUAUUGAGUACUUUGGAUUGGUUGACUGCAAUAUUUCCUUACAAAAGUAGAAACUUUCUGUUCAAAUAAAUUUGUUCUGUUUGCUACAUAAAAUAUUUUUCAUUA